AUGCUCUCACUGUGGCUAGGAGCUAUCUUGUUCCUCGGAUAUUUCCUGGGUCGUAGACUCGUGUCGCCGAUAUCAAAGGUGCCGGGUCCAUGGUAUACACGGUAUACCAGCUUAUGGAUCAAGUAUCAGGAAUUCACCGCAAAUCGGCGGGAGUCAAUUCACCAUCUCCACAAAAAGUAUGGGCCUGUUGUCCGCCUGGGCCCCAAUGAGGUAUCUUUUACCAGUCUCGAUGCUAUCAAAGAGAUCUAUGCGUCUGGAGGCAGUGGGUAUGAUAAGACCGAGUUCUACACACUUUUCAGACAGUUCAAAAUCAGGACGAUGUUCUCCACAUUACCAAAGGAUGAGCAUAGCAAAAGAAAGCGCAUCUUCGCCGAAAGAUAUGCCAUGAGCAAUAUCAUGAAAGAAGGACCCUUGACAGGUAUCAAUGAGCGCGCUCAAGCAUUUGUAUCUCGGAUUGCCGAAAUGGGAAAGAAGAGUAUCGAUGUCUAUGUAUUACUGCAUUGCUACGCCGUGGACUGUGUCACUCAUUUCAUGUUCAGCCCAGGAGGUCUCAAGUCCCUUAACAUUGAGCAGGACUUUGAGAUAAUGCAAGAGUUAACAUAUCACCAAAGUCUUCAGAAAAGUCUACUUGAAUACUAUCUGCCGGCUUUGGAGCCAUAUUUCCCCAAUUUCCUUCGCCCAAGAAGCUCCCCAAAAACAAAUCAAUAUGUCUUAGAUAUGGUCGCCCAAUCCGAGCUAGGAAACUUUACACUGCUUGAAAAACUCAAGCGUAAAGAUACUGGCCUGGAACUCAUGCAGGCAGCAGCAGAAUGCAAAGACCACAUGGCAGCCGGAAUCGACACUACAGGCGAUGGCCUCUGCUUCCUGAUGUGGGAACUCUCACAACCACAAAAUCUUAUCUAUCAACAAAAACUGCGCGCAGAACUGAAAUCUGCAUCACCCGAUGCUCCACUUGACAGUCUUCUUUACUUGGAAGCAGUCAUUAAAGAAACGCUGCGCUUCUCCCCGUCUAUCCCUAUGUCACUGCCGCGUUAUGUACCUGGUGGCGGUAGGAUGAUUGAUGGAUACUUUAUUCCCGCUAACGCGAUCGUGAGUUGCCAGCCUUAUACUGUGCAUCGCGCUCAUGAAGAGGUCUUCCCCGAACCAGAUCGGUUUUAUCCCGAUCGGUGGUUAGACGAGGAGGGAUCUACGGAGAGGAAUAGGCAUUUCUUUGCUUUUGCUAUCGGAGGGAGAGGUUGCACUGGAAAAAAUCUUGCCUUAGUGGAAAUGCGAGUCCUUCUUCGGGAGGUUUAUUCCCGUUUCCAGACUACGGUGGCUCUAGAUAUGGAUGCUUCUAUGGAGUUAGAUGACCAGAUUAUCUCGGCGAGACCCAAGGGCCAGAUAUGUAAACUAGUUUUUACUCCUAUCGAAUGA